AUGUGGAUUUGUCGCAGCUUGGAAUCGCCCAUAAUCGCAUUGCGACGGCUUACCGUGGCUGGAGAUUCGGCCCGUGACUGCGGUGAGGCAAGACAUUUUGCUGUGACAAAUCCACAUUAUUUUCCCGACAGAUUGAUACUCCUAUCAAAGAGGGGAAUGUUUCCCCAAAAAAAUUAGUUUUUUUUCGCGCAAAGUUUGCUGAGAUAUGGGCAAAAAAACGUUUUCUCUCUGACUGCCCUCCGCCUUUUCUGUACUCUCUCGUCCGCCAAGCUCGUUGACUAUCUGCCCAAGAAAAGCAUAAGCUAGAAUUUUCGGAAAAAGUUCCUUAUUUUGGCCACAACAAAGGCUCCGCGAACUGCGCCCAAGCUUGGGCACUAAAGUUUGGAAGAACGCUUCGACCUAGCUAACACCGAAUUACUAUAAUAGCUCUAUAGUUUUAAGGGUACCCACAAGGCUGUGACGACUCAUUUAGUUCCAUACGGAGGCAAUAAGUUUAGUUCCGGACAUGUUUCAUCGUAUAAAGUGUAAAAUCACAGGCUGCAGCCGUUUUUGAAGGGUAUGGUGGUACGUAAAAAAGAAGGUACCUCACUAGCAAAAUCCAUUGUCGGGGAAUUGACAACGAUGAAUUGAGCGUGCACGCCAAAUUUGGGCUAAUUCCGACCAGUUUCCGCAAACUUAUAAGUUGUGGCCAAAAAAAGGAACUUUUACCGAAUUUUCAAAAAUUUUGCGAUCGCGACAAACAUUGCAUAGCGCAAAAAGAGGAAAAAUGCAUUAUGCGCCGCAAAAUAAAAGCUACGCACUUUUGAAAAAGCAUAGCAGUGUUUCGACUCAACAACGCCUUUUUACAGAAGCCUUUGAAUUUCUUCGGCCAUUUUGAAGAAAACCUUGAAAAACAAUGUCUUAGAGAUGAUAAUCUUGAAAAGAGCUUCCUUUUUUCAUUUUUCGAACGUUAAAAGAACAAUAUUUUUGGGGGUGAAGGUGCUUUCAAGUCAUUUUAAUUUUAAGAAAAUUUGAGCCUUGCACUUGCGACACCGUACUCGUUGAAGUUUAUUGUUAGUUCAUUCGGGUCAUAAACAAAACAAGGACUUUUGUUUUUUUACUUUCAAUGUUUAUUAUUGACCGAUAAAUACUCUGCGGUCAGAGCAAAUUCAAAAAGAUUUUUGGUGAAAAUUGGAAAAAUCAAAAAGCUUUGUGACGUAGUGAUCUCUGAAUUUUGAAUGGGGUUUUUGAGGAAAAUGAGUAUACGACGCUUUUCGAAAGUGCGUGGACUUUUUGUCGCGGUGAAUUUUUGCCUUUGGGGCUAAUGCCAAGUCGCAUUGCUGACGAGAAAAGCAAAUUAUCAGUCUGUCGGGAAAAUAACGGCGGAUCGUCGCGCAUCGGAAUCGCCCAUCAUCGCUUCGCGACUUCAAGUCGCGGCUGGGAAUUUGGUGCGCGAUAUCGGCGAGGCGAGACAUUUUGAUGCGACGAUCCGCCGUUAUUUUCCCGACAGACUGAUAGCCUAUGUCGCGCGAUAUUCGGUUGCACAGUGCAUAAUUUCAAAUGCACGGUGCAGAAUGUGGGUAAAAUGUCUACGCACAAAGAAACAAUCGUAGUAGUAUUUACUUUCACAGUCUGUCGGGAAAAUAAUGUGGACAUGUCGCAACAAAAUACCUAGCCUCACCGAAGUCGCAUACUAGGCGGGCCAAAAAGUCUUGACAUGUUUUCGCACCGUGCGGGCGCAUGAAUUCGGUGUCGCGACGAGCUGUCGCGCGAUAAAACCUUUGGCGGGGUGCGAAUGAAGAACGCACUGUGCGUUGUUUACCCUUUUCAAAACAAUCUUUUUUGCACUGUGCGGUGUCGCUUUGCACCGUAAAUUUUUCUUGUCGCCGCGCGACAAAUUGCAUGCACGACGGCGCACUGUGCAGACAUGUCAAGACUUUUUGGCCCGCCUAGUACCAAAUCCCCAGCCGGGGCUAGCCGUCGCAAAGCGAUGGCUUGCGAUUCUAAAUCGCCGCGACGAAUCCACAUUAUUUUCCCGACAGACUGAUAUCUUGGCUGCCGCUGGAAAGUGUGGGCUGAGACUUUCAGGAAAUGAUUUAUGGCUGAUUUAGACAUGACGUGUAAAUUUUUGAAAAGAUAAAAAGAAGUUUUUCGACCAAAAAUUGGUUUUUCUAAUUGGUUUAAAAAAAGGGUUUUAAUAAAAAAUAUUUGUAAAAUGCGGCACAGUUACGUGGGCUGUCUAAAACAUCUUUUUUUCUCUGCUAGUCGGUUUGUAAGGUGGCUGGAGUGAUAUAGCCUGAUACUAGGCCGUUCGGAAAGUCGCUGGAAUGUUUUCGGCGACAUGCACUCCGUGAAACCGAAAGUUCACUUUGCACUGUGCAAUUUUUGGCUUUUUGCACAGUGCAAUAGGCUUUUUUGGGCUGUCGCCCGCACCCUGAGUUUUCUUGCAACAGUGAACGUCGCCGAAAUCAUUCCAGCGACUUUACGAACGGCCUAGAAUAACAACUUUUCUUCACUUAUCUCCAAAAGUACAAUAAGCUUAAGAACCCCCCAAAAAAUUCGCAAAUUCAUCAAAACCCCAGACCUUCUCGUCUCCUUAUAACAUUGUUUACUGUCGCAAAACCCAUUGUGUUUUACCUAUGAUUCCUUCCGUUCUUUCGCUAAAUACUUUGUUGUUGUUAUUUGGUUCUUUUGGGGAUUUCGAAUAUUUUUAUAGGCCAUUGCGGGUUCGUCUUAGCGAGCGUGGGCAUCGGGUUUAUAUGGGUAAUUUGAUUAGGUGCGGAAUGACCAAAAUCCAAGAGAAUCUUGAGAAUUUUUUUUGAGCGAAAUGGGGGUUUUAUACGUACAACAAAAGGAGGAAAGGGAUUUUUUAUUUUUUGGGAAAUCUAAAGAGCCUUAUAUUAGUUGCGCUCAAAAGUUCAUGCAAAAAUUUGUUCGUAGUUUUCAGCGCGAGUAGUACAAAAGUACCUGAAAUUCUUGGAAUCUAGAUUCUUGGUACAGUGACGGACCUGAUCCAGUCACAAAAAUCACCAUUUUGCAUCCGAGAAGUAUCAAAAAAUGUGGCAAAAUGUCUCCCUCCAAGCGAAAAAACUUCGAUUUCAAAAGCGCCCCCUUCUUUUUGUGAGGGACCCUUCACAACGGAGUUUUUUCACCUGGAGAAUGAGGUAUUUUGCCACAUUUUUUGAUACUUCCCGGAUGCAAAAUGGUACUGUUUUUGGAAAAACUUCCUUAUUCUGGCCACAACUUAUAACUUUGCUGAAACUUGUCAGAAUUAGCCCAAAUUUGGCGUACAGGCUCAAAUCAUCUUUGUCAUUGCCCGGACAAUGGACUGAGUAAGCUACCUUCUUUUUUUGCCUACCACUUUACUCUUUAAAAACGUCCGCAGCCUGCGAUUUUACACUUUAUACGAUGAAACCUGUCCGGAACUAAACUUAUUGCCUCCGUGUGGAACUAAAUGAGUCGUCAUAGCCUUCGUAGGUACCAUCAAACCUACAGAGCUACUAUAGUAAUUCAGUGCCAACUUGGUCGAAGCUUUUUUUCCUAACUUUUCUUUCCAAGCUUGGGCGCAAUUCGCAGAGUACCUUUGUUAUGGCCAGAAUAAGGAACUUUUUCCAAAAACAGUACCAUUUUGCAUCCGGAAAGUAUCAAAAAAUGUUGCAAAAUGCCUCCCUCAGCUAAAAAAACCCCUGUUUUGAAGGGAUCCUCACAAAAAAAGCGGGCGCUUUUGAAAUCGAAGUUUUUUCACUUGGUGAGGGAGGUAUUUUGCUACAUUUUUGAUACUUCCCGGAAUCAAAAUGGCAUCUUUUUUUGCCAUUGGAUCAAGUCCGUCAUUGUAUGUGCCAAAUUUUACACUUUUAAACAAAAAAAAAAUCAAAAAUUUCAAAAAAGAAAGUUCGGUCCCUCGGAAAAAUAAAUUUUUUUUUUUCAAAUUUUCAGUAGGCGAAAUCUCAUUUUUCCUCCAAAAAUUUCAUUUUUAGCCGUUGAAAUGGGGCUGGACCGGAGCAAAUUUUAGCCUCUUGCUCGGGACAUCUCUUAUAUGUGGCUCUAAAUUGAAAAUUUAGAGCUCAAAAUUCUCCCUUUUAUUUUUGUAUAGUCAAAAUAUUUAUCGCUCCAAAAACUUCCAAGAAAACGUAUUACUUUCUCUCCAAGUCUGAUCGAAUUUUCCCAGAACGCUCCCAUCCCGUUGUUAUCCCCUUUAUCCACGCCGUACGCAGGAAAAAUAUUCCCCAAAGCCCGAGCCGCUAUCAUCAUAUGUUUUAUAUUAUGUUUUUAUCGCCGAAUUUUUUGCAAUUUCAUUCCAGGAAGGGAAGAAUUUUUCACGAGAAAUGCCAAUGAUAUUCUCCAGAGAGUGAUCCGCGCCGAUGUAAACCGAAGUUUGAAACUCGGAAUUUGACGAUAUUUGAAAAGGUGAGUUUUUUUAGCAAAAAACGUUUUUCAAAUUUUUUUGUUUUUUCAUCAAAAAAUCGCCUUUUAUUUGCUUGAUUUGACUGCACUGUGCAAAGAAUCUUUUUUCCAACCGCACUGUGCAAACGUUUUUUUUUUGUUUCAAGACUGCACAGUGCGAUCAUAUUUUUUCCCAAUUGCACUGUGCAAUAAAUUUUUUUGGUGAUUGCACUGUGCAAAGAACCGCUUUUCCACCCGCACUGUGCAAACGUUUUUUUUGUUUCAAGACUGCACAGUGCAAUCCAAUUUUCUUAAAAAUUGCACUGUGCAUUCAAUUAUUUUUGGUGACUGCACUGUGCAAAAAACCGUUUUCCUCCCGCACUGUGCAAGCGUUCUUUCUUUUGUUGCAACUGCACAGUGCGACCAAACUUUUCUUCCAAAUCGCACGGUGCAUUCAAUUUUUUUGAUGACUGCACUGUGCAAAGAACCGUUUCCCACCCGCACUGUGCAUACAAUUUUCUUUUGUCGCCAAUGCACAGUGCGACCGAACUUUUCUUCCAAGUUUGGUGACUGCACUGUGCAAAAAACUUUUCCCCAACCGCACUGUGCAACUUGCCUCCUUUCGGCUGCACUGUGCAUGCAAUCUUUCUUUUGUCGCCAAUGCACAGUGCGGCCGGUCUUUUCUUCCAAAUUGCACCGUGCAAUCGAUGUUUUCCCGCUGUUUGUCUUGCGCUGUGCAAAAGUUCUCUUUUUUGACUUUUUUUCUGCACUGUGCGAGAGAACAUUUCUUCCAAAUUGCACGGUGCGACCAUCUUUUUUCUCUUUUUGCUUGCACUGUGCGGACGCUUUCUUUCGUCGCUUUUGCACAGCGCAAGGUUUUUUCAAUUUCCACUGUGCAGUAAAUUAUUCGGCAUUUUUUUUACCCGCACGGUGCAAAUGGGAUUUUUUCAGCUUCUUUUCAAAUCUGCACAGUGCAGUCAAAAUUUUCUUUUUUUUUGCCUUGCACUGUGCAAAUGGUUACUUUCUAUUGCGACUGCACGGUGCAGUUUCUUUUCAAAUCUGCACAGUGCAAUCAAUAUUUUAUUUUUUUGUAUUGCACUGUGCGAAUUUUUUAAAUUUUUUUUGCACGGUGCAAUUAAAAAAAUUUUUUUGGACUUUCAUAAGCUUACCGCAGACAUUUUUUUAAAAUAAAAAAAAUUUUUUGACCCCAAAUCUUCUCAAAUAUCAUUUAUUUUGAUCCAAAUAUCAUUUUCCUACUAUAAAAAAUGACUAUGACUGUUCGAAAUUGUCAGAGAUCGCUCAAAAAGCGACUCGCAAAGCUCGAAACACAACGUGAAGGUUAAUUGUCGCUUUUCCCCUCGAUUUACGCAAUUUGAAAUAUACGUUUCGCUUGUCAUAGAGUUUCUAAAUAUAUAAAGUCAGUUUCACCUCCAGUAAUUGUUGGUUUGAAGACUCUAAAAUUGUAAUUAAAAUAAUUUUUGCACAGUUUUCUCUCUGUUUACAGCUAUUUUUAACCGAAUUUCCCUCGAAAGUAGUUAAAGUUUAACUUUUCGGAAACGAGGAAUCUAAUUUAUAAAAUUUAGAAUCCCCCUUCCCAAAUGGAGACCAAGCAUUUGCUGAAUGCGGACCUGAAUGCGGUCGGCUCUUCGAAUCAUUCCCCGCAGACCAACAACAACUCCACGCCGAUCCUCGAGAAGUUCGAGAAGAAUCGGUUUCUGCGGUCGAGGAUGAGCUCCAGACGGAUUAGGAAUCGGCUGGUGCAGAAAUACGGAUUUGUGAAUAUCAGCUUGGCCAACGUGCCAAAACAGCAUCGGAAGUACUUCAGGUGGGCGGAUAUUAUUAGGUUGUUCAAUAUGAAAUGUCGGAUUUUAACCUUUAACUUUAAAACACCAUAACUUUUUUUAUAAUAAACUUUAUUAAUCGAAAUAAAAACCAUUAGAAUCAACACACCUUUGCCAACGAGAAACAAGCUUAUUUAUGCCGGUAGCGUAAAAAUCCGGAGUUCUGGAGGCGAUAAAGUCGGCAAAGGCGGUUUUGGCGUCGUCUCGGUUUUUGAAGCAUUUCUCCUGCAGGAAGUUGUCCAGAUGCUUGAAAAAGUGGUAGUCGGUGGGCGAGAGGUCCGGCGAGUAUGGUGGAUGAGGCAGAGAUUUCAUAUUUAACAGCCUAAUACUUUACGAUUGAGCUGAAAGAGUUGAUGGACGAUGAAAAACCGUUUUUGAUAGACGUUUAUCAGUCUGUUGGGAAAAUAAUGAGCACUCUGUCGCACCGAAAAUCGCAUCGCCGCCGAGAAAAUUAAUUGAGUCGCGGCAAAAUCAAAUUGCUUUUCACUUCAGCGGCAUGAUUUUCAAUGCGACAGAGUGCCUAAAAAGGCUGCCGUAGCGACAUUUUUGCUCAUUAUUUUCCCGACAGGCUGAUAUAUGUAAAACAUAAACUACUUUCCGAAAUUCCAUGGCGUAAAGAAUCUUUCGUAUGCCAUCAAGCACGCGAUCUACGGCGCACGUCAAACUGAGAUAAGCUAAAACAGUCCAGUGAAUGGAUUGGCCAUUUGCCAAAAAAAAACGCGAAAAAACGUUUUGUCGGCGAAGAAAUGGGGAAUUUUUGGGGCGAGAGAGUACGGUUUUGCGUGUCUUUUUUCUCUCUUUCUCUGCCAAAUCAAGACGAAGUGUAAAAAACCGACAGCGAAGGGCUAUUUCGUUCACCGGACUCCUCAGCUUGACGUGCGGCGUGAACUUACUCUUUUUCUGCCAAGGACAAACAUUUUGGAAGGACAAACAUUUUUUUUUUCUAAUCAUGGAUUCAGUAUACAGAUGGCAAUCGGACCGGCCCAGGGCUUUUAAAAUCUGCUCAGGCCCAGAAAAUGCAUGUUGCGGGACGCAAUCCUUUUCGAAGCAUUUUGCACACUGCAAUUUCUUUUCGCGCGAUCAAAAUUCGCGUAAAUCACUCCCUUAUCCGAUUUCAGCCGUUUUGAAAACGUUUUGGCCCGCCUUAUUGUUACAGCGACAUUGCGCUCAUUAUUUUCCCGACAGACUAAUAAACCCUUUUCUCAUCUUCAGGGACAUUUUUACGACGGUAAUCGAAACAAAAUGGCGAUGGUGCCUCAUCUUCUUCACAUUGUCUUUCAUUCUGAGUUGGUCAACAUUCACUGGCAUGUAUUAUAUGCUGGCAUUGCAUCAUGGCGACUUUGAGCAUAAAAACGACCCAACUUGGGAGCCGUGCAUUCAAAAUGGAGACUCGGUUCUGAAUUUGUUCCUGUUUGCAUUCACCACACAAACCACAAUUGGAUAUGGAUUUCGGUAAGCAGAUUUUUUGAAAGUAUUUGUUUUGAACUGUGCAGUUUUUUGGAGCAAAUUUGUUUUUGCACGGUGCGAUUUUUUGAGAGGAUAUUUUUUUGCACAGUGCCGUUAUUUGGACCAAUUUUUUUUUCACUGUGCAUAGAAAAUGUUCUUAAAAAAUCGAAAAUCUUUUGCACGGUGCGGUUUUUUGAACCAAUUUUUUGCGCUGUGCAGUUUUUUGGACCAAAAAUUUUUUGCACUGUGCGAUUUUCUGAAAGAAUUUUUUUUGCACGGUGCGGUUUUUUGAACCAAUUUUUGCACUGUGCAUAAAAAAUGUUCUUAAAUUAUGCACAGUGCGAUUUUUUGAAAAGAUUUUUUGCACAGUGCGUUCUGCACUGUGCAUAAAAAACGCUCUUAAAUUAUGCACAGUGCAGCUUUUUGAACCGAAAAUCUUUUGCACUGUGCAAUUUUUCGAACCGAAAUUUUUUGCACAGUGCAGUUUUUGAACCGAAAAUCUUUUGCACGGUGCGGUUUUUUGAACCAAUUUUUUUGCACUGUGCAUAAAAAACGUUCUUAAAUUAUGCACAGUGCAGUUUUUUGAAUCGAAAAUCUUUUGCACUGUGCAGUUUUUGAACCGAAGAUUUUUUGCACUGUGCAUAAAAAAUUUUCUUAAUUUAUGCACAGUGCAUUUUUUCGAACCGAUUUUUUUUGCACAGUGCAGUUUUUUCUAACCGAAAAUUUUCUGCACUGUGCUUAAAAAACGUUCUUAAAUUAUGCACAGUGCAGUUUUUCUAACCGAAAAUUUUUUGCACUGUGCAUAAAAAACGUUCUUAAACUAUGCACAGUGCAGUUUUCUGAAUCGAAAAUCUUUUGCACGGUGCGGUUUUUUGAACCAAUUUUUUUGCACUGUGCAUAAAAAACGUUUUUAAAUUAUGCACAGUGCAGUUUUUCUAACCGAAAACUUUUUGCACAGUGCAAAAAAAAAUAUUCUUAAAUUAUUGCACUGUGCGGACCGACUUUUUCUGAUCGCACAGUGCACUUUUUUAAAAAUUUUUUUGCAUUGUGCAGCAAAUAGAAAUCUCAAAAAAUUGUAAAAUACGGUACUUUUAAUUAAAAAAAAAAAAAAAAAAGAAAUAUUUAGUAAUUAUAAUAAUAAAAUAAAAAAGAAAAAAAUUUCAGUUAUCCCACCGAUUCUUGCCCGUUGACGGUGAUGACAAUGUGUCUUCAAUUUAUGGUCGGAGUGAUGGCUCAGACACUGAUGGCGGGUGUGAUUUUUGCUAAAUUAGCAAGGCCAAUUAAACGAGCAGCGACGAUUCUGUUCAGCAAAAAUGCGGUUAUUUGCACGAGAGACGGAAAAUUGUGUUUGUUAUUCCGAGUGGGCGAUAUGAGGAAGAGCUCGCUGGCUGAGGCACAUGUUAGGUUACAGGUGGGUGAAAAAGAUUAUGAAAAAAUUGGAAAAUUAUUUUUUUUGAAUUUUUGAAAAAAGAAAAAAAAAUUUAUAAUUAAUAAAAAAAAAAUUUUUAUAAUUAAUAAAAAAAAAAUAGUAAAAUAAAAAAAUGUUUAAAAAAUAGAUAAAAUCGGAAUUUAUUAUUUUUUUUUUAUUAUCUUUCAAUUUUUAUAUUUUUUUAGAUUUUUAAAAAUUUUAAAAAUAAUAAAAAAGUAAAAAGAAAAAAGGCUAGUAAUGUUUUUUUUUUAUUUGUAAAAUACGCCAAAUAACACGUUUUAAAAUUUUCCUUCAAGAAAUUGCAGGAAAUAAUCUUUUUCGAAAAACGGGAAAAUAUUUUUGAUUUUUUUAAUUUUCAGUAUAGAAAAUAAAACAAAGAUAAAUAAAAAAUAGGUAAUUCGAAUUUAUUUAUUUUUUAUUAUUUUUCAAUUUUGAUUAUUUUUUUAUUUUUUUAAAAAAUAAAAAAACUUUAAAUAAAAAAAAAUAAAAUAAAAAACUAUUAAAGCCUUUUUGAUUUGUAAAAUACGCCCAAUUAAAACACUCCUCUUUAAAAAAGAGUAAAAAAAUCAUUUUUUUUCAGAUGAUUGAAAAAUGCGUGACAGCGGAAGGCGAGAUCCUCCCAUUCCACCAAUUCGAUUUUUUCAGAAUAAAAAAUAAGAAAAAAAUUAAUAAAAAACAGAUAAUUCUAAUUUAUUUAUUUUUUAUUUUUUUCAAUUUUAAUAUUUUUUAUAUUAAAAAAAUAAAAAAAAUAAAAAAUAUAAAAAAAAAAUAAAAAACUUGUAAAGCCUUUUUAAUUUGUAAAAUACGUGCCAGAAAAAAACUUCUCUUUAAAAAAAUAAACAAAAAUCAAAUUUUUUUCAGAUGAUAAAAAAAUGCGUGACAGCGGAAGGCGAGAUCCUCCCAUUCCACCAAUUCGACAUGAACGUUGGCUAUGACACCGGUCUAGACCGAGUGUUUGUCAUCUGGCCGAUAACAAUUUGCCACGAAAUCGACGAGUCGUCACCAUUGUACGAGAUGAGUAAAAAGGGUCUCAACUCCUCGCAUUUUGAAAUUAUCGCCAUUUUGGAGGGCGUUGUGGAGUCAGUUGGGUCAACAACACAAGCGAGGACAAGUUAUUUGCCGAAUGAGAUUUUGUGGGGCAAAAGGUUCGAGAAAUUGGUGACUUAUCAACGGGAAAAUGGAGAAUAUAAGAUCGAUUUUGGGAAAUUCCACAAUGUUUAUGAUGUGGAAACUCCGGAGUGCUCUGCCAAAGAGCUGGAUGAGCUCAGGGUAGGAUUUUUUUUUGAAAAAAGUUGAGAUUUUUAACAUUUUUCAGUUUUCGCACGGUGCAAAAAAAAUAUUUUUGUUUUUGCACUGUGCAAUCAAAAAAUUUCAAGUUUUUACACGGUGCAGUAAAUUUUUGAGUUUAUUAUGUCAUUGAAAAUUAUCAGUUAGAGUAUAAAAAUUAUGUAUUUUUUCAUUUUUCAGUUUUUUCACCGUUGCACAGUGCAAAAACUGAAUUUCAAAGUUUUGCACUGUGCAAUCAAAAAAUUUCAAGUUUUUACACGGUGCAGUAACUUUUUCAGUCUACUUUGUCAUAGAAAAAUCUUUUUCGAAUAUGAAAAUCACGUAUUUUUUUGAGAUUCCAAAUUUUUCACUGCUGCACAGUGCAAAAACUGGAUUUCAAAGUUUUGCACUGUGCAGUCAAAAAAUUUCAAAUUUUCACAUGGUGCAAUAAAUUUUUGAGUCUAUUAUGUUACCGAAAAUUGUUAGUUAGAGUGUAAAAAUUUUGUAUUUUUUGAGUUUUCAAAUUUUUCACUGCUGCACAGUGCAAUAAUUGAAUUUCAAAGUUUCGCACUGUGCAGUUAAAAAACAUCAAAUUUUCACAUGAUGCAAUACAUUUUUGAGUCUAUUAUGUUACUGAAAAUUAUUAGUUAGAGUGUAAAAAUUUUGUAUUUUUUGUGUUUCCAAUUUUUUCACCGUUGCACAGUGCAAAAACUGAACUUCAAGAUUUUGCACUGUGCAAUCUAAAAAUUUCAAAUUUUUUCACGAAGCAGUCAAUUUUACAGUAUAUUGUGUUAAUAAAAAAUCUUGUCAACGUAUAAAAAUAAUGUAUUUUUUGAGUUUUCAAUUUUUUCACCAUUGCACAGUGCAAAAACGAAAUUUCCAAAAUUCGCACAGUGCAGCGCAAAAAUCUUGCAAUUUCGCACGGUGCGGCAAUUUUUUCAAAUUUUAAAACAGCUGAAUUUUUAGCAGAGGUCUUCGGCAACGAGUUUUUAAAUGAUUACUCAUCUCUCUAAUUGCGCAGUGCAAAAUUGACGAUCUAAAGUUUUGCACAGUGCAGUCGGUUUUUAAAUUUUUUUCGCACUGUGCGAUGAAAAAAGAAUAGCGAAAAAUUGCUUUUGACAAAAAUGGUCGCCCUCGGGCACAAAAAAAAUCGAAAUUUUUUAACCCAAAUUUCCCCAAAAAAAUCAAAAAUCCUAACAAUUUUUUAUUUUUAGUCCCAAAACGUCUCCGAAAAUGGCUUCAUCGUCAAAAAAUAUUCCACCGAAUCCAUUCUUCCUCACCCAAUCGACCGGAUCCACAUGCCCACCGCCUCGUUGCCGGACUUUCAGCAUGACGACAGCGAGAGGAUUGUGAUCGAGCCAGCGACGGACGACGAAGAGCCGGGCGAGUUGCGAAGGCGAAAAUCGUUUUUGACACUUCCCGAUGGAUCCGUUUAUCUGCCUUCCGAGAGCCAGCGAAAACAGUCUUUUCAAGUGCGGAGGGGACCCGAUUUGUUUUGAAAUCGGGAUUUUUUGAAUGAUUUUUGGAUUUUUUGCUAGAAAAAAUUUGAAAAAUUGGGUCUUUUUUGGGGGUUGAAUUGGGAUUGGAACCAAAAUUUGACCGAUCAUGUUGACCAAUUUGACCGGGCAAGAUGACCAAUUUGCCCGGUCAAGUUGAAUUUUUUUUCAGUCCGGCAAAAACCGUUUUUUUGAUACCAAAAUUUGACCGGGCAAAUUGACCAAUCUGACCGGGCAAGUUGACCAACUUGCCCAGAAAAUUUGACCAAUUUGCCCAUCUUUACCAAUUUGACCGGUCAAGAUGACUUUUUUUCGAUCGGGCAAAUAAACAAUCCUCUUGUAACCAAAAUUUUCAAAUUUACCUAUGUAAAAAAGUUGACCAAUUUUCCCAGUCAGCCCAGUAAAUUGUCCAAAUUCAAAAAAAAAAAAGAUUUUUUGACGGUUUCAUAAACUACUUGGUCGAUUGUACCCGGUCAGAUUAGGUCAAAUUAACCGGUCUUUUCUUACCAGGCAAGUUGACCAAUUUGACCGGUUGGGUUGACAUUUUUUUGAUCCGGCAAAUAAACCGUCCUUUUGGAAGCAAAAUUUUCAAAUUGACCAAUAUCUUGACCUGGCAAGUUGACCAAUUUGUCCAACUUGUCCAAUUUGCCCAGGCGGCCCAGUAAACUGCCCAAAUAAAAAAAGAGGAUUUUUUGACAGUUUUACCGAAUAUUUGGCCUAUUAUAGCCGGUAACAUUUGGUCAACUUCCCGGUCAAGUUGACCAAUUUGCCCAACUUGUCCAAUUUGCCCAGUCAGCCCGGUAAACUGCCCAAAUUCAAAAAAAAAAAAAAAAAAAAAUUUUGACGGUUUCAUAAACUACUUGGUCGAUUUUAUCCGGUCAGAUUUGGUCGAAUUGACCGGUCAAUUUCCAAUCCCCAAACAAGGCUCAUCGUCGUAUUUUACAAAAAUUUUAUUUCCCCUGAAAAUUCCACCUUCUCCUCCAAAAAACUUUACUCAAUUUCCGCACGGGUUCCGCGCGACAUUCGUUGCAAACUGAUCACCCCGUAACAGAGCAUUACAAUUUCACACUUCUCUGCCCCCCGACUCCCAUCGAAUACUUUCCACAAAACGGUUCACUUGUACAUAUACGUCUUUUACAGAGUUUACCCUCAUCUUCGUGAGUUUUAUGCGUUUUUAAUAAAUCUUUAUUAUGUUUUAUGUAAAUUCAUUGGAAAAUAAGUUGAAAAAACCUUGUUAUUGACCAUAAGGUCUAUUUUUCCAUAUACUUUUGCUGAGUGUGUUGAUGAAACAUCUGAAGGAAGACUUGCUGAUAAUACUGCAGGCUCGGCAAGGGAGCUGGGAACGGCGGCGGGGAUCUGAAGGUGAAUUAUAUAUUAGAAAAGAAGCGAAUAUUUUAUAUAAAUACGAAACCAUUCCCUCAGUUAACUCAAUGGUAAAGGUUCCGCAGACCACCAAAAAACAAAAAAGUAUAUAGAAGACUUCAGCGUAUAGUCAUACCAUCGCACAGUGCAAUUUUCGAAAAAUUAAGCUUUUGUGUCUUGCACCGUGCAAAAACAAAAACUCAGUUUUUGCACAGUGCAGUAGCAAGAUUGACAAUAUUUUUACAGUGUAUAGAAGAUUUCAGUGUAUAGCCACUCUAUGCUAUGUAAAAAUUCAAAUCGCACAGUGCAAUUCUCGAAAAAUUAAGCUUUUGUGUCUUGCACUGUGCAAAAACUCAAAACUGAAUUUCCGCGCAGUGCAAUAGAGAAGUAUAAUUUUUUGUGGAAAUAAAAUCAUACAGAGGUUAUUACUUCAUUUUAACCCACAAAAUGUGCUAUUCCACUUUGCAGUUUUUGAAAAAAUGAAAAUCUGUCUCUUGCACUGUGCAAAAACAAAAACUUUUUUUUGCACAAUGCAAUGGGCAAAUACCAAUUCUGUAUUAAAAUAGUAUUAUUGGAAAGGGCCUGCUAUGUUAUUUAAAGCCAUAAAAUGCUUGAUUGCACUGUGCAGAUUUCCAAAAAAUGGAAAUCUUUCUCUUGCACUGUGCAAAAACAAAAACUCUGUUUUUGCACAGUGCAAGUAGCAAGAUUGAGAAUAUUUUCAGAAUAUAUAAAGGUUUCAGCGUAUAGUCACCCCAUGCUAUGUAAAAAUUCAAAUCGCACAGUGCAGUUUUCGAAAAAUUAAGUUUUUGUGUCUUGCACUGUGCAAAACACGAAAUUUUUCGCCUCUUCGAACUUCCUAAAUUUCAUCAAAAUCUGAGCGUCGCACUUGAAGUACUUCCCCUGUACACGGAUUUUUAAAAUACGAACUUCUUCCCCUUACCAACACAAACUUUUAUAGCAACUCAAAAUUCAAUCUCCAUCACUUUCCCUCAUCCCUUUGACCGUUUGUUUAUUCCCUCUCUAAUCAAAAAAUCUGUUUAUCCGCAAAAAAUGGGGCCGCGAAUUGAUUUCAAACCCAAAAAUCGCGAAACCAAUGCGGACAAUGGGAGCUGUGGGAGCGUUAUCAAUGUUAAACCUGCUUCAGGUGGCACUACUGCCCACCGAAAAGGAGAUCAACGACGAUUACGCGCAAGUGAAGAAGGCCAGAGAGAGCCUGAUGAACUUGUUCAUGCAGCCCGAAGUGACGUCACCGCCGGGCCGAGGAGCCAUUGAGUUGGAUACGUUUGUGAUUGCGGACCAUUUGAGGAAAUUUGUGAGUGGUUUACGAUAAUGGUGGCUAGUAUUUUCACAAAAAUCUCAGUCUGUCGGGAAGAUAAUGAGCACAAUGUCGCUGCGCAAGUUGUGUCGCUGAAGUGAAAAGCAAUUUGAUUUUGCCGUGACACAAUUCAUUUUAUAGGUACCAUUGUGAUUUUCGAUGCGAGAGAGUCCUCAUUAUUUUCCCGACAGACUGAUAGUAUUUUCAUAAAGUACAUGGACAUUUUUCGCGUUCCGCCCCCGUUUUGCACCGUGCAUUUCACCUUUUUUUCUUUCGUAAUUUGCACAAAGUAUCGCUGCGAAUGACGUGGUGGAGCAAGUUUCCACCAUGUCACUGCGUCGGUGCCAGGAAUUUGCACAAAAAAUGAGUGGUAUCAAUUACUAAAAAUUCUAGCUUUGCAGAAGUAUAUAUUUUUAGCAAUCUUCGUCGCCGAGGGACUACGAAAAAUGCGUGGAGCGGUUAAUAGAAAAAACGUUUUUUGGCCAGAUCUUUGCCAAUUUUUCCGGUGAAAAAGGUUAUUUUUUGCUCUCUGCAAUAGAAUUAGGAGGGGCUUAUCACCAAAACUCGCUAAAAAAAUGUAAAAUUUUCUUCAAUUUUUGUCCCGAAAAUCUCGGUCGUUCCUUCAAAGCGCAAUCUAGGUGUUCCGCUUAUGUCCUGCAUUUGAGACAUUUCGUUUGUCAACGGCUCCAUUUAAAAAAAUGUAGGUCAAAAACAGGUAAAAAAAUAGUAAAAUUUAAACUAUCCAGAGGUCUCGUUUUCUAGGCAGUUUUGUCAAGGUUCCCAUGCAAAAAAUAGUAUCUGCAAGAAAAUUCUUCGACGCAAUCUUUUUGAAAUUCGUUUUACCAGAGCUGGGGGAUCCCUAGAUCCUGCCGUGGUCGCCAUGUCAAGACCUUGGUAUAGGUCAAGUAAUAAAGGUCCCUAAUCUAGUUCUACCUAAGAUCCCAAGCCCUAUGCGAACACGAAGACAACGACUAUUCAAACAAGCGACAAUACAACUAACUAUGCCCUAGGCAACAACUUCACAAAUGAACUCACAAUGCUUGACUCCACCAACACAAGAGACCAUACACAAAUCAAUAGACAAAUAGUAAAUACAGUAGACUUUAUUGGACACAACCGCAUAAGCGGGAAAAGACAAAACACAAAAAUAAUACUAAUAAUUGGCGAUUUCUCUUCCUUUUGUACCAAUUUGUCGCUCAUUCCGUGGGAAUAUGCAAAUUCGCACGCGAAGUCGUGACAGUGUUCAUAGCAGGGUACAUAAAAUCCCCCAUCGUAUUUUAAAAUUUACCUUUUUUUAUAAUUUUUUUACUUUCCCAACGAAAUUUUUCAAAUUUUCAGGAUGAAUCGGAUCUCUCGCUGAGCAUGGACGCGACUCUCCUCACCAGUUGGACUGACCAGCGGAUUUCCUGGGAGCCGCGGGAUUUCGGGAAUAUCAAUGAAAUCGCCGUCACCGGCUAUGACAUCAACUUGUUUUGGGUGCCUCCGGUGGAGAUCAAGUCGAUUUUGCCGAUCCGCAAAACGAUCAUGACUCCAUACAACACUGAGUUGAUGAUAAAACAUGACGGAACAGUGCUGGCGGCGAGCAAAAUCUCGGUGAAAAUGGCGUGCGAGUCGGACUUGGAGAACUAUCCGUACGACAAGCCGAGUUGCUCGCUGUACCUGACCUAUCGCUACUUCGAAAGUCAGAACUACACUUUUGGCGAUAAACAUAUUUUUAUGGACCGCGAAACGGUCGCCGGCUGGAACAACAUGACUGUUCAUGCCGCCUACAAUGUGGUGAAUAUGACUGCCACCCGGUAUUAUGUCACCGGCCUGGGCGUUACCACGGAUUAUGUCAAGUACAAGAAGGGAGAGCCGGUCACAAAAGCCAUCGGAACUUUUGUUCAGUACCAGUUUCAGAUCGAGAGAAAUCAUGGCUAUUAUAUUCAUCAUGUGUUGUUACCUCUGUAUUGCGGAACGCUGUAAGUUUGGAGCGAUAAAAUAAAAUUUUUGGAGGAAACAUGGAAAAAACGGGGGAAUGGACUUUUUGAUGAGAAAGUUGGGGAAAAAGUCAUCUUUUUUUGAUAAAAAGUUGUAGAAAAAAUUGAUCGGUAAGGCCUGCAGAUUAAUUAUCUAGGUUUAUUAUGGUUUACACAGCGUAUUUUACCUUAAAAUCAUCAAAAAUCAUGAUUUUUUGCAAUUUUUCGUUCUUUUCGAGAGAAAACGGUUAUUUAAUUAGCUAGAUGCUAUGUACGUUCUAAACAACGUAUUUUACCUUAAAAUCCUCAAAAAUCAAGGUUUUUUUGCAGUUUUUCGCUCUUUUCUAGAGAAAACUGUUAUUUUUUGCAAAAAGCUCAUUUUUUGAUAGAAAAUAGUAUAAAAAAUGAUUGAUGAGAUUUGUAGGUUACUCAGGCAUGCCCUAUUUUUGUUUACCGCACCGUAUUUUAUCUCAAAAUCGUCAAAAAUCUAGAUUUUUCGCGGUUUUUUACUAUUUCCUAGAUAAAACUUUUUUUGCAAAAAGCUUUUUUUGAUAUAAAAUAGUAUAAAAAUUGAUCUGUAAGGUUUGUAGACUGAUUAACUAAACAAGAGAAAAUUCGGUGUGGCGUAUUUUACCUUAAAAUCCCCAAGAAUCAAGAUUUUUUGCAAUUUUUCCCUAUUUUCUAGAGAAAACUAUAUCUUUUUUUGUAAAGAACUAUCUUUUUUUGAUCUAUCUUUAUCCCUGAAGACUCUAGAAGCCAUUCUGCUACUUCACCUUUUUUCCUAAACUGUAUUUUACAUCAUUCAACCAAAAAUUCCGGAGUUAUUUCAGUUUAUCAACACUUUUAAUCGAAAAAUUUACAUUUUAGCCCGCAGUAAUUUUGUUUGGACCCUAUUUCUAAUAACACUUUCAUACAAUUUGCGUAUUUUACACUUCCAACCCAUAAAACACAAAAAAAUCCGGCGUGUUCUUCACAAAUUUUAGUGGAGACCAUUUCUCUCAUGACCUCUCUCACGGGGAAAAAACGCGCCCGAAGAGAGCCAAUGAAAAAGACGAGCGGACUCGAACAGGCCCGUGUAGCUCAGUGGUUAGAGCGUCUGUCUCGUAAACAGAAGGUCCUAGGUUCGAAUCCUGGUUCGGGCAAUUCCCUUUUUAGCCCAAUUUACAAUCAAAAUUACCAUGUAAAAACAUGGUAAAUAAUGUUAAAUUUUAGAUUAUCACUUGUGGGAGCAUCCCUAAUCAAUUUUUACAACAGUAUGAUGAUUUUGUUGUUCGCUUUGCUCUAUUUAAUCAUCACUUUGGCGAGAAUUGCGGCAAAUCUCCCGCCCAACUACGAAAUCACCCCGUAUUGCAGUAAGUUAUGUUGUAUAAAGUGGCUCAAAAUGUUUUUAGUGACUUAUGGCACCAUGAUCUUUGCGGAAGUCGUAUUCUUUAUUGGGUAUAAGAUCGGGUUGGCACUUUAUUUGCGGAAAACCACGCUGAAAGGCGAAGAAAUGUCGAAAAUUCAACUUGCCGAGCGAUUGUUCCGAUAUUAUUUAUUUCUACAUGCAUUGUUAAGCUAUUAUCUACUAUUCUUCUAA